CUGUUGUCCCUAAUCCCAGUCUCCACCCGGCUCCCCCGCCCGCCCCGUGCAGGCUGUGGAGACUCCCUUCUCGGGGGAGGGGGCUCCCGCUGCUGCAGGUGCCCCCUCUGCCUCCACCCUGGCUCCUGGCCAGAAGUUCGAGGUAGCUUGGACAAAAAGAGGCAGAAACAACUUAGCUGUUCUUUUUAGCUCGGAAAUAGAAAAUGUCUGCAGACGGCGGAGGCAUCCAGGCCGCCCAGGACAAGGAGACACCGCUGGAGAUUCCAGAUGGUGGACAUUCUCAUCAGGAAAUGCUUUCUAAGCUGGGGGAGGCAGUGCCUUCAGGGGACGCUCAGGAGUCAUUGCACAUUAAGACGGAGCCAGAAGAGCCACAACCCGAGGGGGCAUCGCAGGAGGACGGGGCUCAAGGUGCUUGGGGCUGGGCACCCCUAAGUCACGGCUCUAAGGAGAAAGCUCUCUUCCUGCCUGGCGGAGCCCUCCCUUCCCCCCGGAUCCCAGUGCUUUCCCGAGAGGGGAGGACCAGAGACCGGCAGAUGGCCGCGGCACUCCUCACUGCCUGGUCCCAGAUGCCAGUGACUUUUGAGGAUGUGGCCUUGUACCUCUCCCGGGAGGAGUGGGGUCGGCUGGACCACAUGCAGCAGAACUUCUACAGGGAUGUCCUGCAGAAGAGAAACGGGCUGUCACUGGGCUUUCCCUUCAGCAGGCCUUUCUGGGCCCCCCAAGCGCAGGGCAAGGGCGAGGCCUCAGGCUCCAGCCGGCAGACAGGAGAUGAGAAGGAGGAGUGGAGAGGCGCGUACACAGGAGCCAUAGAGGUGGGGCAGAGGAUGCCGACCUCAUCGGUGGCAGCCCUUGGAGAUGUGAAGCCCUUCAGAACCAGGGCAGGGAAAGUCCAGGGGGGCGUCCCGCAGUGCGCGCAGGAAGCAGCUUGCGGCUGGAACUCAGGGCCUGCCAAAGACUCCGGGCAGCCAGCUGAUCCACAUGGCACUCCGGAUGCAGCUCCACCGGAUCCCAGUCCCACGGAGCCCCAGGAGGGCCGCGUUCCGCAGAAGCCCAGCGAGGAGAAGGGAGCCCUGGAGAGUGGCGAGGAGGGCCUGGCCCCUGACAGUGAGGCGGGCAGGAAGAGCUACCGGUGCGAGCAGUGCGGCAAGGGCUUCAGCUGGCACUCGCACCUGGUGACGCACCGGCGCACGCACACGGGCGAGAAGCCCUACGCCUGCACUGACUGCGGGAAGCGCUUCGGCCGCAGCUCGCACCUCAUCCAGCACCAGAUCAUCCACACGGGCGAAAAGCCCUACACCUGCCCCGCCUGCCGGAAGAGCUUCAGCCACCACUCUACGCUGAUCCAGCACCAGCGCAUCCACACCGGAGAGAAGCCCUACGUGUGCGACCGCUGCACCAAGCGCUUCACCCGACGCUCGGACUUGGUCACCCACCAGGGCACCCACACUGGCGCCAAGCCGCACAAGUGCCCCAUCUGCGGCAAGUGCUUCACGCAGAGCUCGGCGCUGGUCACCCACCAGCGCACCCACACCGGGGUCAAGCCCUACCCGUGCCCCGAGUGCGGCAAGUGCUUCAGCCAGCGCUCCAACCUCAUCGCGCACAACCGCACGCACACGGGCGAGAAGCCCUACCACUGCCUCGACUGUGGCAAGAGCUUCAGCCACAGCUCGCACCUCACCGCGCACCAGCGCACCCACCGCGGCGUGCGGCCCUACGCCUGCCCACUGUGCGGCAAGAGCUUCAGCCGUCGCUCCAACCUGCACCGGCAUGAGAAGAUUCACACCACUGGGCCCAAGGCCCUGGCUAUGCUGAUGCUGGGGGCAGCGGCGGCGGGGGCUCUGGCCACACCCCCACCUGCUCCCACCUAGGAGGCCACGAGAGGGGAAGCGGGGCGCCCGGGGCCACUGGACUGGAGUCAAGGCUCCGAGGGAGGAGAGAGGGGCGCGGGAAGGGAGCUGGGGCGGUGAGGGUAUGGGGUGAGGCAUGGCGACGGGGGAGGGCGAGAAGGGGCAGACACUCUGCGAAUUAAAGGCCUUGGACUUGAA